AUGCCGACACACGGAGAGAGGAACCUCGAGCUCGGGAACCAGGCGUAUGCUGCUUCCUUCGACCAGGGCCAUCUAGCAUUACCACCCAGUCAAAGAUACACCAUCGUAACAUGUAUGGACGCGCGCAUCGACCCAACUGCCGCCUUUGGCAUCCCUCUCGGGGCCGCCCACGUAAUCCGCAACGCCGGCGGCUGUGUACACGACGCGUUCCGAUCCAUCGUCAUAUCGCAACAACUGCUCGGAACAAGAGAAGUCAUCGUUGUAAAGCACACCGGGUGCGGCAUGCUCACAUUCGAUAACCCGACUGCGAAAGCUGUGGUUAUGAAGAAGAGGGGAGAGAUAGCCGCGAGAGAGGUGGAGACCCUCGACUUCCGGCCUUUCCGUGAUCUGGAGAUACAAGUCAAGAAGGAUAUACAAUGGCUGCGGAUCAAAGCGAUCGAGGAGAACAUUCGGUUCAGUGGGUGGAUCUACGAUGUCGAGACUGGGAAGACGACGAGAGUGGUGUGA